GCCUAACAGUACAUUUAUAGGGUGGGAUGAGCGGUUCAUAUCAAGUUAUUGAUGAUUCCUUGUUGAAAUCAAAAGAUAAAAGCGAGAUACCAUUACAUGAUUUACAAGAUUCAAAUAAUUUUCAUUCAAAAAUAAGCAUUUCCUGUAAAGAAGAAUGUGAUUCAAGUGUUCAGUUUUCCGAUAGCAUUCCUCAAGAUAACGAUGGUAUCGAGGAGAGCAUUCACAAUAGGUAUUACCGGCGUCUGUACAGAUUUUAUGAACUAUACAACCCCAAAAAACUUCAGUUGGUCACUAAAUAUUUACAUAAAUAUAAAGGCAAUGAGGAACAACUUUUUGCUAUUCUAGUUAGUAAGUACGGGCCCGAGCCAACUGAUGGUCAAAUGUUGUCUAAAAGUAAUUUAGACAUGUUUUCUAGCGAAGGUGAGUCGGCAAUUCAUUAUUCAGGAAAGCGUUGCCGGUUUCCUAAGCGUGUGUCACCUCAAGAAGGUAACACAGAUUGUGAAACACCAUACUGGUGUGGUUCUAACCUUGUUAAUGAUCGUGAUCUGUUGUUUUUAUUACUUCACCUAGAAACUCAGAACACUGAACUUCAAAAAUGUUACAUGGGGCUUUUUACUCAACAUCCAACUGAUGCCUGGAAUGGCAUGACAUAUGUUACAAAAGCCGAGUGGAUGGUGAAUCCAAAUAACAUGCUUUUAGGGCACUCUUGGGUUACUAACCAUUCUAAAGGAAAAAUUUUAUUCCAUGAAGGUUGUUCAUUUAAGAGGUUUACAUUUUAUUGCAGUGAAGAAUGCCAAAAACAUGGAAGCCACGAGAGAUGGCGUUUGACUAUUUAUCAUAGUGAAGUGAAUUCUUUAAUUCUUCUUCGGACUAUUUGGGAUCCCAUUGUGGUUCCGGAACCACUGCCCCUUUUGAAUUCGAAUUUAUCGGAAAGAGAGGCAACAUUUUCGUCUGAUGUACCAUCGUCACCUUUUUUAAGCAUUGAUUCUGAAUUUAGCUCCAGUUCACAGCUUUCUCAGCCAGAGCAACCUUCAUUUUCAAUGUAUUUAACAUAUUUUAGCAAGAUUGUCAAUCAAUUAGAAGAUCGACUCACAUCACGCUUGAACCUACUUGAGGAGCGAAUAGGUAACCUUGAAGAAAAAAAAAGUGUGUAAUACACUUAAUUCAGAGUUUAUUAUAUAUAUACAUACAUACAUACAUAUAUUAUCUAUAUAUUUAUCUCUCUCUCUCUCUCUAUAUAUAUAUAUUCUUCUUUAUAAUUUUUAUUACAAAUAUAUAAAAAAAAA